CCUUUAUUUUAUCUUGAUGUUGAAAUACCUAGGUACAUAGGGAGGUAUGUAUGUACCCGAUAUGACAGUAUGAGCAGCAUCGAUUCAGCUAUCCCACUUUAUCUAUCAUUCUCCACUUUAUUUUUUCCCUUAUCCUGCAUCGAUUCUCUUCAAAGUCCAAAUUUUCUUGCGAAACUCAAACCGUCGAAGCCAGCUCAAAUCGAAAACGCAGCAGAAUGGGCAAACGAAAGCGGACAGAUGCUCCUGCCAACGGUGCCAAAACCCAGGAAUUGACUAUUCUAAAGAAACCCAAAACCACCGAGUCGUUACCAGCAGAGAGAAAGGGCUCUUCCCCAUUAACGAUCCAGGUCGUUACGGGUUCUUAUGAUCGAAUUCUUCACGGAUUGACAGCUACUAUCUCGGGCGACGACCAAGUCGAGUUUGCUGAUACCUUUCUCUUCAAUGCGCACAGCUCCGCAAUACGAUGUAUAGCACUCUCGCCCCCCUCGGCACCCGAACCGGGCAAGCUGCAGAAGGUCAUGCUGGCCUCGGGUAGCAGCGACGAGCGUAUCAACGUCUAUAAUAUCUCGGCGCACCCGCCUAGUCGCAAAGACCAGGACGUCCUAUCCUCCGUCAUGCCUCGAAAGACAUUAGAGAACCCCAAGAAUCGGGAGCUAGGAACACUAUUACACCAUUCAUCUACGAUCACCAAAUUAUCUUUUCCUACAAAAUCCAAGCUCAUUUCCGCCUCCGAAGACUCUACCAUAGCUGUCACAAGGACGAGGGAUUGGUCUCUACUGUCAACUAUCAAAGUCCCCGUACCGAAGCCUCUGGGUCGGCCGAGCGGCGAUACGGCAGCGCUAGGUGCGACGCCGGCCGGUGUUAACGAUUUCGCUGUACACCCGAGCAUGAAACUCAUGAUCAGCGUGAGCAGGGGCGAGAGAUCUAUGCGAUUAUGGAAUUUAAUGACGGCCAAGAAGGCCGGCGUACUUAAUUUUAACCGAGAUAUACUGCAAGAAGUAGGGGAAGGGAAGCAUUCGCUAGGGGAGGGCAGGAAGGUAGUUUGGGGUAGCACCGAGGACGGCGACGAAUUCUGUGUAGGGUUCGACAGGGACGCACUAGUGCUAGGCAUGGACAGCACACCAAAAUGCAGGGUUAUGCCGGACCCGAGGAGGAAGAUACACGAGCUCUGCUACGUCACGAUAGACGGCGCGAGCGAUUCGUCGCUGCUUGCUGUGUCGACCGAGGACGGGAAAAUCAUGUUCUUCUCUACAAAGAGCCAGGAUCUCACACCGGGUAAAUCGUCUACAGAUGGAAAGGAGAAGACGGCGUUGCCAGUAGCCAAGUUGAUUGCGGAGCUUGGUGGGAAGGAAGCAGGGGUUUCGGGACGUAUUAAAGACUUCAGCAUAGUAAAAGCCCCAGGGAAAGACGGAGCAGGCAGUUUGUUCAUAGCUGCGGGUAGUAGCGACGGGAAGCUUCGCGUCUUCAAGCUCGCCGUCGCGGAGCUUAAGGAGGCUAAGGCGACGAAGACGGUGGGCAAACUGCUCGGCACCUAUGAGACCCAGAACAGGAUAACGUGCGUGGAGGCAUUUGCGAUGAUACCCCGGCCGGAGGGCGUGGAGGAUAGCGAGGAUGAGAUGGAGGAUACGUCGGAGGAAGAUGAGAAUGAAGAUGAGAAAGACGAUGAAGAUGAUGAUGAGGAUUAAGAUAGAAGUAAUGAAUUGAAGCUUGUGAAUAAUGACCACCGCCUCGCAUCGCAUCAAAUAUAAUAAAUAACCUACCCCGGCGGAAAAACUCGAAUCAUCAAGACAAAUUAUAGUUAUGUUGCAAUAUCCAUUCCCAUCUCUGAAUCUAUGGUUAAGUCGGACGAUAUGCGCAAGUCAUCCGGAAUGAAUGCAUGGUUCGAUUAUAGGGGUAAGCCUUUGUCUUCAC